AUGCCAUCAUCAUUAGAACCAUCAUCUAAAUUAGCUCUUAAAGGAUCACUGAAAAUUGUAUGUGAUUAUUUUGAAUUUGCUUUAAAUUCAAUAUUAUAUCAAAGAGGUAUAUAUCCUCAAGAAGAUUUUGUCACCGUUAAAAAAUAUGAUUUACCAAUGGUUAUAAAUGAUGAUUAUGAUGUACAAAAAUAUAUCAAUAAUAUUAUGAAACAAAUUAAAAAAUGGAUUUAUGGUUCAUUAAUGUCAAAAUUUAUAAUUGUUAUUGUAUCUAAAACAAAUUUAGAAAAUAUUGAACGAUGGGAAUUUAACAUUGAAACGAAAGAUCAAGAAGAAACCACCGAAAAUGGUGAUGGUGAUGGUGAUGGAGUUGGGAAAUCACGUCAAGAAAUACAAAAGGAAAUAAGAACAAUUAUACGACAAAUUACUAGUCUGGUUUCAUAUUUACCAGUUUUAAAAGAUGAUGAUGAAUAUACAUUUAAUGUAUUAGUAUAUACUGAUCCUAAUACAUCGGUCCCCAUUGAAUGGUGUGAUACUCAAGGUGAUGGGAAGGUACUAGAUGGUGAUAAUGUUGAUAAUGUGAAAUUUACUUCAUUUAGUACAGAUAUACAUCAAGUAGGUACAUCAGUCAGUUAUAAAUAUGAAUAA